GGACUAACUAAUAGGGUCCAAGACAUCCAUCAAUCAACUCUAUCCCCAUGCCUUCUAUGAUUUACAAUUGCAAUUGAAAGGAGAGACAUGUUUGACCAACUUCUCGAAGCCUGCAAACGGCUAGAGCAAGCCAAGACGCCGUCAUGGGAAAUUCCUGAAGACAUCUUAAAGCUUAUUCCUGAUGGGACGACAAUUCAAGAAUUGAAUGGAUUUCUGUCAAACGAUAUAAAUGAAGUGAAUCAUAUCCCAGUGCUUUGGGUCGCAUACGCCACCAUCACAAAGAUCGGCAAGAACGCCAAAAUCGAUGUUGAUAGCGAUGGAGAUGAUUUGAAUGAUGCGCUCCAUGGCGUUGCCGACCACAUCAGCUCUAUCAUCCUUCCUAUUUGUUCUGGCGCCUCACUAGACGAAGACACAACAGACUACGCGCAACUCCGGCGCAAGGGCGAGCUAGGUCUACAAGCUAUAGAACAACUCACCAAUGCACCCAUCAAACCGCCUUUUCAGCUCAGAUCCUCAGUACUACUCCGCUUGACCGCAUUCACAGAUGUCGCGGACCCCUGGACCUCCGCGGAAUCAUCCGCGCUAGCCUCCGGGCUUCUAGAGACUCAACUACAGAUCCUGGACGAGUCUCAGACAAAGACCUUAAUUGUUGAGGAUAUCCUCACCACUUUUAUACGACCGAUAUUCUCCAAGUCCCGGUCCGCGGCGGUAACGGCAUCCGGGCGGAAGGCUGAGUACGUCGAGCCGUCGCGCUACGACACCUUGGACCGGGAGACCCCCGAGACGAAGCCGUGGAAGUACGCUCACCGGUAUGCCAUCACCGUCUUCUCUUGGGCGGUGCAGCAUUCGGAUCCCUCCCUCCUACAAACCUACUGGCCAUCAUUCACCCCCGCUCUCCUAACCCUCCUAGACGAGUCCUCGCACGCCGGCCUCAAGGUCCGCGCCCUCCACACAUUCCGCUCCUUCUGGUCGCGUUGCCCUCCAAACCUAAUGCAAGCCACCGGCCUCGCCUCAGUCUUCGAAGACGCCGUGUUCCCCGCGGUCCUGUUCCUCCCCACCCUCACACCCGAGGACGAGUCCCUGGAGAUCCUCGGCGCGGCAUAUCCCGCGCUGAUCGAGAUGGCCGGGCUCAAGUAUGUCAAUCCCAGCCCGGGUUCAGGACAGGGGCCGGGGGUAAACGCAAACGGGAAACAGGAGCCGAAGCAGCAAAUCACGGAAGCGCAGCGCAAACUUCUGGAUAAGAUGGUCCGGGAGGGUGUUAUGGUGGGAUACCACCACGCGAAAGAGCACGUGCGGCUCGUCGGCUUGUUCUGCGAAGUACUCGUGUGUAUUAUAAACGGGAUGGGUAUACUAGCUGUGAAACACCUCAAGGACUUCAUCCCCAUGGUCUCCGAAAUCAUGACCGAUCCCUUCGGGACCAAGCACCCGCCAACCCUCGCCUCAGCCACUCAACUCCUCCAGGCCAUCUUACGUAAUUGCUGGCCGCGGAUCCCGCACUACUGCAACGAGAUCAUCAAGAUCCUCAUGCUCUGCUGGCUUAACAUCGAGGAUGAGGAUUCCUUCCCAGACACUAACCCGGUUGCGAACGACCUGAAAGCCGGAUUGACCAAGACCGCCGACAUGCUAUCGGCGAUAACGAAAGCAUCUAACGUUGACCUUCAAGAUCGCGUAGGUGUGCUGAUAGAGAAGGAGCCGCAACUAAGCAAACUUUUCAGAGAUGAAAAUCCAGCAUAAGGGGCCCCCCAAGCUAUCAAGGAGAUCCCAAGUCGAAGGACCCC